GUGCGCCCCGCACCUCUAAACCGCCCGGGCGCGACCAGGCGCGAGCGGCUGCGAGCUGCGCCACCUCCCCUCGCUUGGAGCGAGCUCUCACUCACCGUGGGGUUUUACCUUCAGCCCCGGGGCCCUGUCGGCUCCCCGCGCCGGGGCAGCUGCAGGCGGCGCGAGAGGAAGAGGGUGAGCUUGGGGCAGGAGGGGCGACGCUCGCGGAUCCAGCGAGGGGCUCCGGGGCCAGCGCGCGCGGUCUCAGCAAGCGCGCGGGCGAGCGAGCACCGGGCUCCAGCCGCCGCCGCCGCCGCCGCUCCAAAGCAGCCCCCCACCGGCACCCGGAGCGCGGCUCUCUUGCGAGGGCGCUAGCGGAGCGGGGACCCCCUGGCGGCCGCCUUCGGAAUGGCAGCUCCCCUGGGAAGGGACGUCAGGUCGCCUUAGGGUCAUCGUUCCUCCGCAAAGAGGUGGGGAAUGGACAGUCUGAACGGGGCUCCCAGCCUUAUGGAAAAGACACUGACUCUCGGGCCAGGGCGGGGAGGAGGCUAUCAGAUCAGAAAGGAUGCGUUCUGGAUCCAGCAUGGUCACAUCCAAGGCACCUAGAGAGAGGGAAAUUGCUUACCUUCUCAAGGAUUUUUUGA